AUGACAAAAUCAGCAGCCGAUAUUGUACAACACUACAAGUUGGGUAGAAUACAAACCGGCAACCAAAGAGGGGAGGAUAGAGCACAAACCGGCAGCCAAAGAGGGGAGGAUAGAGCACAAACCGGCAGCCAAAGAGGGGAGGAUAGAGCACAAACCGGCAGCCAAAGAGGGGAGGAUAGAGCACAAACCGGCAGCCAAAGAGGGGAGGGUAGAAUACAAACCGGCAACCAAAGAGGGGAGGAUAGAGCACAAACCGGCAGCCAAAGAGGGGAGGAUAGAGCACAAACCGGCAGCCAAAGAGGGGAGGGUAGAGCACAAACCGGCAGCCAAAGAGGGGAGGGUGGAGCACAAACCGGCAACCAAAGAGGGGAGGGUAGAAUACAAACCGGCAACCAAAGAGGGGAGGGUAGAAUACAAACCGGCAACCAAAGAGGGGAGGGUAGAGCACAAACCGGCAACCAAGGAGGGGAGGGUAGAGCACAAACCGGCAACCUAAGAGGGGAGGGUAGAGCACAAACCGGCAGGCAAAGAGGGGAGGGUAGAGCACAAACCG